UCGAAAACAACUUCAGCUGAGUCCACUGAAACCAACUCUAACCUGGAAAUCAUGAAUCACCUGACUGUUGCAACUGAAGAUUCUUUUUCCAGAGCACUUGAAUUUGCUUCUGACAAUGAUGUUCAAGGAUUUAAGCAAUUGAUUGACCAUGAUACUUCUUCAAUUAAUCAGAUUGGACUAUGGUAUAGCCGUCAGAAGGGAUCCAAACAUAUUGUCUCCGAGCAAAGAACUCCGUUAAUGGUUGCUGCUACCUAUGGUAGUGUUGAUGUUGUCAAGCUUAUUGUCUCGAAUCCUGAGGCUGACGUAAAUUUCUCAUGUGGUUUGGAUCAAAGCACUGCCCUUCACUGUGCUGCUUCUGGUGGGUCUGUUAAUGCAUUGGAUAUUGUCAAGCUCCUUUUAUCUGCUGGUGCUGAUCCGAGUUGCUUGGAUGCUAGUGGUCAUCGCCCAAUUGAUGUUAUUGUUGUUCAUCCCAAGCUGCAAAGCAUGCGUUCUGUUCUUGAGGAGCUUCUCUCAAAAAAGGCUUCUGAUUGCUCAGUAAGUGACUGCAGUUUACACCUAUCCAUCAUUACAUCAAAUUCUGAUUCACUUGCGCUUUCUUCCUCCUCCGAAAAUGGAUUGCAAUCUCCAUCAGAAUCAGUUUCUUCUCCUGCUUCAAAGUUUACUGAGUUGCUUGUUAAUUCUAACCAAGAGAAGAAAGAAUAUCCAUAUGAUCCAUCCCUACCUGACAUUAAGAACAGCAUUUAUGCCACUGAUGAGUUCCGCAUGUUCUCAUUCAAGGUCCGACCUUGCUCACGGGCAUACUCUCAUGACUGGACAGAGUGCCCUUUUGUUCACCCAGGGGAGAAUGCCCGAAGAAGAGAUCCCCGCAAGUUUCACUACAGCUGUGUGCCCUGCCCUGAAUUUCGUAAGGGUGCUUGUAGACGUGGUGACAUGUGUGAGUAUGCUCAUGGAGUGUUUGAAUGUUGGCUCCACCCUGCUCAGUACCGAACCCGGCUUUGCAAAGAUGGCACAAGCUGCAAUAGACGAGUAUGUUUUUUUGCACAUACAACUGAGGAGCUGCGUCCCCUGUAUGUGUCAACGGGAUCUGCUGUCCCUUCCCCGCGCUCUUCUGCAUCUGGUCCCACUGUCAUGGACAUGGCUGCUGCUUUGAGUCUCUUGCCUGGUUCACCUUCAUCAGUCUCUGCGAUGUCUCCAUCCCCUUUUAGUCAGUCCAUGUCUCCAUCAGGAAAUGGCAUUUCUCAAUCGUCAGUGGCAUGGCCUCAUCCAAAUGUGCCAACUCUUCAUCUCCCUGGAAGCAACCUCCAAUCAAGCCGCUUGAGAUCUUCCCUUAGUGCGCGGGACAUGCCACCUGAAAAUUUAAACUUGUUGCGUGAAUUGGAUGCUCAGCAGCAGCUUUUGAAUGAACUGAACUGUUUCUCGCAGCCCCGUCCAAGUCCCAUCUCUGUUGGUCGUUCUGGCCGCUCUAAAACAUUAACCCCCUCAAAUCUUGAAGAGCUAUUUUCUGCUGAAUUCUCCUCUUCACCACGAUAUUCAGACCAUACAGCUGCUUCUGUUUUCUCACCUACCCACAAAUCAGCUUUACUGAAUCAAUUUCAACAACAGAGCAUGUUGUCACCCAUCAAUACCAAUGGUAUGUCACCAAAAACUGUUGAUCAUCCUCUUUUACAGGCUCAGUUUGGAGUUCAAUCUCCUGGAAGGAUGUCACCUAGGAGUGUGGAGCCAAUCUCCCCAAUGGGUUCUAGGCUGUCGGCAUUUUCCCAGCUUGAGAAUUCGCACCAGCAACUACGCAGUCUCAGCUCAAGGGAUCUUGGAUCUAAAAACUUUUCCUCCAUGGUUGGGUCUCCUGUAAAUUCUUGGUCAAAUGGAAAGUUGGAUUGGUCUGUUAAUGGAGAAGCUGAGGGCAGACUGCGAAGAUCAUCUUCAUUUGAGCUUCGGAACAAUGGGGAGGAACCUGACCUUUCCUGGGUUCAAUCUCUAGUCAAGGAAUCACCACCUGAGAUGAUGAAAGAUAAGUUUGCAGCUCCGGCUUCAAGUGCUGUCGCAUCCGUCUGAUGAUUAGUCAGCAUCUUGCCGUAGGGAUGGAGACCGGUGAAUGCAUCUUGCUUUUGGAUUGAGACUGGAAAUGUGGUGUCUUAUAUUGGAGUAUUCACGUUAUGGAGACGUGUAAUUUAGUUUGGUAACAUUCCUAGCCCUUCUCAUGCAUGAUUUACGUUUCGAAAACUAAAUGAAAAAUUGGU